GCUACAUUCUUCCCAAGGCAAAUGUGAGUGAAAUGUCACAAUCUGAACCAGGGAGUAGCAGAUUCAGGAACUGUGGUAAUCCACUUUUAUGUGAAUGGCUCGAAGAAUGGAUGGAGAAAGCUCAAGGAAUACAAAGCAAAGCUUACUUCGCGUACAAAAAGGCGUAUGCGUCGAUGCUCGUCCACCCUACACCCUUUCAACAUCCUUCAGAAGCCGAGAAACUCCACGGUAUCGGGAAAGGUCUUGCGCUGAAACUCGAGAAACGUAUGACUGCACACUGUAAAGCAAAUGGAAUACCAAUGCCAGAACGUGUCAAACCUUCGGGAAAACGCAACCAUGACCAGAUCAGCACUGGAACUCAAGGUGAUGGCGAGGUUUCGGAAAGCUCACAAAGUCGACCCCGCCAGAAACGAAAACAGUCAACCUAUGUUCCACGAUUUCGUUCAGGAGCUUACGCUAUUAUGUUGACGCUUUAUGAGAGCGAAGAAAGUGGUAUAAAUCGGCUGUCGAAAGAGGAAAUCGUUGCUGCUGGUCAGAAAUACUGCGAUUCCUCCUUCGAUAUGGCAGAAGCUGGGAGGGGCUAUACAGCUUGGGUCAGUAUAAAAACACUCUUGGAAAAAGGAUAUGUUUGGAAACAAAGUAGUCCCCCUCGGUAUUCCCUUACUGAUACUGGGAAGGCUAUGGCGGAACAACUUGCACGAGCUUCUGGAAAAGGAUCUCAGCGGUCACAGAUGGCUUCCGCCAGCGAACCGUCCACCUCAACCAAUCUGCAAUCCUCUCAACCGGAUAGCAGACAGGAAGACGAACGUACGACGCCACUGAGAAUAGAACCGGUUUUAGAAGCAUCUGUCAUAGGGACUCCAAGCAGACACCCCAUUGCGCUUACAACAAGUUCAGCGACGCAAAUUUCAUCUAGGAGUAUACAGCCAUCUCAACAGGAACCCUACGUUAUAUCAUCCGAUGAAGAUGAGACGGAUUUGAUCAAUUCGGGAACCAUCUUAUUGGCUCACGAUGAAAACGAAGUCAUUCUGUCUGAUAUUACGACCAAUACCAACAAGGCUGCAACGACUAGCGAUGUUCCUCGGUUUGAACAGUUCUGGUACACUUAUUUAGACGGCGAAGGACAACAUGUAUCGAAAUCCCGUAACGCAGCAAUCCAUGUAGACGAUAUGAACUUCAGCAUCCUGUAUAAAAUUAAAUACCAUACAUCACAAGAGAGCCAUUCAUUCGCCUCCAACGUUAAAAUGACAAAUGCAAUAGGCAACGGUUUCGCUUGUGGCUUUUUAAAAGAGCAUGUAGCUGAUUCAUCAUGUCCCGGUUUGGGUCCGCACGAUAUACCAACAACACCAAACAAGCCUAUAAGCGUUCACACUUUACAAGUUUCCGCUUUGAGAGCUGAUAUUGAAGAUGAUGGUCAGCCUGGUAUACAAGAACUAUCAAGUGACGAUCUGUGGACUUUGCAAUACGAGCCAGAGGCUUACUCACAAAAGUCUGCAACAGAUUAUGCAGCGUCCGAAUAUGACGAUGUUCUCGACGCCAACAACUCACAGAAUCUUACUCAACAAUCCCAAAUCUCGAAUACAUCUGCUUAUGCCAACAGUCAACCACUUUCACAGCUCGAUCCAGGCGCAGCCACAUUAUCUCAGAUGUCUGCACCUGAAACAACGCGAGACUUCAGUGCCAUUCAAUGCCGCAGUUAUCCGCCCGGCUCAUUUGAAGUCGUCCUUGUGCUAGAUUCUCGAGAGAUCAAAUCCAGACGGGAUCGUGAUUACAUGCGGGACAUGCUACAUCAGAGAAACGUUACUGUUGACGUUCGCUCCUUGGAAUUGGGUGAUGCUAUAUGGGUUGCGCGACAGUGCACAGAUGAUGGUCCGGUGGAUGAGCUGUUCUUGGACAUGGUGCUGGAACGCAAGCGUAUGGAUGACUUGGUAUCAAGUAUUAAGGAUGGCCGCUUCAAAGAACAAAAGUAUCGACUGAAAAAGUCGGCAGCAAAGCAAGUGUUUUAUGUCAUUGAAGAAUUCAAUAUGGAUGAAGCCAUUCGGUUCGGCCAACAAGCAGUGCAGACGGCAUUAGCAUCCACACAAGUGGUCGAUGGAUUUUUCGUCAAACAUACCGCCUCCAUUGAUGAAACGAUUGAUUAUUUAGAAAGGUUAACGAACGCAUUGAAAAAGGACUACGAGGCCCAGGAAAUCUUCGAAAUCCCAUCGUCUGCCGUUGACAAAUCCGAUUACAUGGCGCUCAAGAAGCAUUACAGAACCAAUGACCCUGAUGGCAAUUAUUUGAUCACCUCCAACCUCUAUGCGCAACUCAAUAGCAAGUCAGGCACCCUUACAUUAGAAGACAUGUUUGCAAAGUUUUUGUUGAACAUCAGGGGCGUUAGUUCAGAAAAGGCGUACGAGCUUAAAAAAAUAUAUCGAACUCCACACCAGCUGAUGCAAGCGUUUGAUACGUGCGUCGAUUGCUCAGAGGAACAGAAUCUGGCCAAAGAUGCUACAAAAGCCAGUUUACCUCGACGACGUUGGGGACCAUCACUGAGCCGAAAGCUUUGGGACAUUUGGCGAUCGCAAGAAUAUAAGAACUAGAGCGAGACCAUUGGAAAACAUCACACUAUAUCAUAUCUCAUCAUCUUCACCUUGACUUUAAAAUGUAUUUAGCAUACCUCUCAAUUUUAUAACAAACCAUUACUUGAAUGUACUAUAAAACCAAUCACCCACCAUUUCUAAGCGUCAAAUUAUGGAAGCGUUGGUUGUUUAAUGAGAGUUAUGGCAUGUUGUGGAUAGGGAAAUAAAUAGGUAUAUCUGUACUACUGGCUGAUAGAAC